AUGGGUGCAGAGUGUGAGAGCAUGUCUGGAUUUUUCAGAAACUCAUUACCAUUGAACAUGCUACAGAAGUGGGCUGCAAUCCCCAUGGAGGUUCUACAAAGAAUAUUUCUAUAUGCCAUAAAAAGGACUCUGAUGUCCUAUGCACCACACAUCCAUUAUUCCAAGGGCCUUCCUUUAGAAGUCCAUGAGGGAACACACCAUCCCAUGCACAGAGGGAUAGUUGGGCUUGAGAGCCCUGAUGUCCAGAGCAGGAUAACAGCUCUGUCAUUAGUCCUGGAGAGGCUUCAUGGGGUGGUAGGUGAUUUCUGGGAAGAUAAGGUGGUGGUUUCAUUCCACUUUCAACCACUCAAUCAGCAAACCUCUCUACCCUGGCUCUUGUCAAUCUCUUUGUUGGAAGACAAGAGUUUACUAGAUUGCUGGAUGUCUGUAAAAUUGACCCUGGAUAGGGUGACCAUCUUUGGGAAUGACAACCUAACCACUCACCAGGGGUUAAUCCCAUCUCUCCACACUCUUUCUGUUCACUAUCCCAACCCUACCACUGCAUUUCUAUUUGCAGGCUACAGGGCAGCUCAUGUCCAACACUCUACCUUGAGUUUUCCCCCCACUUGGGAUGACUUUGCCUGGAAGUCACACAAUCUCAAUCCUGCUGAUUAUGAUGUGAACCCACUUGUGCUCCUGGAUGCUGGAGGCUCAAUGGACAUUCCCAACAGCAAUUUGAGUGCAGAUUCCGCAUUGGGAUGUGAUUUGAUGAACAAAGUACAACUUGAUAUGGACUAUAGGGAGGUGCCACAACACAACAACAAGGCUAUGGGACCUGCUAAAAGCCAAACACACCUGAAGGAACUUGUUCUUCUGGACCCUCAUCAGGACUCUGAUAGGGACAGUAGGAAGCUCCUGUUGCAAAAUGAGCAGGGUGCAGCUAUUGAGGAUCAUCAUGGGAGGCUAUUGGCCAUACAUCUCUCCAAUGUUUUUGAAACCAUUCAUGAUGACAUUGUGGAUGCUGGUCAUGAACUUAGCCACAAUUACAAAUUCAGCAAGACCUCAUGA